AGAGCGCGGCACUCAUGCAAAUCAAAAUUUUCCACAAAGUUUUAUUUCCUCACAUUCAAUUUUCAAUUUCUUUAAUAUAAAACUUACUUUCCAGAUUUUAACAAUGCUUGAAUUUAGUAGACGGCUUUUAAGUUCAUUGCAGCAUAAACGGUGUUUUUCCAAUCACAGGGUAGUUGGCACGUUUGGCGAUGUUACAGAGGUAACAAAAGAAGAUCGACAAUUUAAAACAACAGAACCUCAAAAUUCAACGAGCAAAGAAAAACCACUAGUAAUAUUGUUUGGAUGGGCGGGAGCCAAUCCCAAGAAUUUGUCUAAGUAUGGUCAACUUUACUCCCACCUUGGUUGUCCAACUAUUGAGUUUAUCCUUCCAACUAGAUUUAUAUUUAGGUAAUUUACAGGGGUAUAUAU